CGUGCCCGUAUCCGUCGCUGUUCACGAAUACUGAGGUUCGUCCGUCGUCGUCAUCGCACUACACGCAAUACGCGUACGUAACCGUACGUUAUCAUGCGCUGCUCGUUCGCGAUUGCUUUCGUCGCUGCAACCUUUACAGAUACUGAUACUAAUAAUAUUGUUGCGAAUACUAUCGCUGUCGCCGCGACGACGGAUUCCUGAUCGAUUCGUCAUUUUCUCCGAAAACGGUCCGCUGACGUCCGCGUACCAGCGUACGCAGAUACAUAGUCGCGCAAGCGUACGCAAGCGUACGCACACAUACACACACGCAGUAACGCAGCGGGGCGAGUUUCGCUGAUUUCUUCGCUAUCCCGGUCAGCACGGUGAGUACCCGCCUAUGUUUACGACACUAUCCGAACCGAGCCAGCGGGGCUGGAUCUAAACGUAAAGGUGCCCGGGCGAAGAACAAUAUAAUAUCUAGGCCCCGCGGGUGGUCCAAUCUGAACAUUUGGCGGUUUCGAUUUUUAUCGCCAUCGUAAUAUUAGGUACACUGAUUUUCCGUCUAUGUUGUUGCGUUUCCCUCGUACACGGGAGGAAAAACAUUCAUCUCGAUGAUAAGACGGUAAAAUCACUUGGCAACACCAUUGUUAAAGUCUAAUGCGGGUGCUUAAAGUAUUUAAUUUCAUUAACAUUAUAACGAUCCAAUAUUUUGUUCGAAAUGUGGGUACAAUUAUAUAAUGCUUACCUAUCUACCCGUUAAUGGUUUACACAUCUUGUUGCAUAUUUCAUUAUUGUUUCACGAAGUGUAAAAACAUUUCUUAAUAGAUAAAUAUUUUAUUGAGUUGCGCAGAGUAGAGUGUAUUUGAAUGUAAUCUUGGACUAACACCUUAUUUCAACUAUCUGAUUCUUAAGUAUAUAAUUUUUACAAUUUUUUAAUACAAUCUCUUAUAUUUGGUGACCAGGGUCCUCAUUCUGAUGCGAUACGAUUGUUAUUUUUUGACAUUUUAAUAAACGAUGCUGGUACAGCGGCCGUUUGUCUCCACAGUUUCCAUUGUGCCAGUGACUUCAAAUAGUACGAAACAGUGAUAAAUGAACGGCCCCUAAAAAUACUGGGAGGUUCCCAUCCUUCAAAUUACUUACUUACCCACCGCUGAAACAGUUUAUUUCAUUGUGCGUUCUUGUCUCCCCGAGAGAAGGUCGCUAGAAAACUCCCUGAUCCACUGCUACUCUGUUCGGAAAACAAACACCAAUCAUUUGUCGAAUCUCACAGUUUACCCUGUUUACUGUUUUCAGAUGGCCACUCUUUCACUGAGAAUAUUGAUAGUUGAGCAAGAUGUCACCAAAACAAUGCAAUUUGACCCGACUAUAUCCGUGUACAAUGCUUGCCAAUUGAUCAGAGAAAAAAUAUCGGAUACCAAUUUGGACCAACGUAAGUAUUUACCGUCAACUUAUCAUACUUGGGUAAAAUACUUUUUAAAAAUACCUAUUCAGAAUAAAUAUUCGAGUACAUAACUACAAAAAAUACUAUUUAGAAUUUAUAGAUACCUACAUACUUGAAUACUUAACAACAAUAUUUUAAGAAUAUAUGAUAAAAAAAAUACACUAGUUUAUAGAUGGUGAUAGGUGACAAUAUGAUAAAUUAAUAAUGCAUUAUAUUUUAACUAUUAGGAAUAUCGAUAAAUGUUUUAAAUCAUGUAUACCACUUGGUGAAAAAUAAAAGUUAUACAAAUUUAUUAUUUUUUAAACAUUUUUCUUACAAGAACUGGAGGUUCGAUAUCUACAAUUUUAUAUGUAUAUCUACUAGGUUAGGUUUUAUACCUACAGUUUUAUAUGUACCUACCUACAACAUUGAUUUGAUUUUUCUUUUGAUAAAUUCGUUUUUUUUUUUUAUGAUUUUUUUUAUUCCACAUACGUGUUUAUCUAUUUUCGAUUUAAAUUAAUUAUGUUGUUUGUACUAUUUUGGUUUGCUUAGUUUCAUAUUCUGUGGUGAUGAGAAUUUUAUGGUUGAAAACAACAAAAUAAAUAAGUACGAUUAAUUACAAAUAUUUCUAUCUAAUUAUGAUUAUUUGUAUUAAAUUAUAAAUAAAGUACUUAUCUAGUAGAUUCCUAUUUUUUCAAAAUUUUAAGGUAUAUUUUUUAAAUUUAAAUACUAAAUUAUGUCUAAUAAAAUAACUAUUAAUAACUAAAAUACUUAAUUUAGUAAAUUUAUGUUUUACAAAUAAGUGAAUAUGCAAUAUAUAUAUUUUUUUUAAUCAACAUUUUAUAGUUUAUUUAACUUUAUUGAAACAAUGACAUAUUCAAACAAUCUUGAAUUGCUCGUAGGUACAUUGACAAGAAAAAUUUGCAAGAUCUUGCGCUAUUUUAGGAGUGCUAAUUUUUGGAUUCAGGUUAAAUUAUAAUACAACUAUACAUCUAUCAUGUUAUUUUUAUGGUCUGAAAGUUGUUUGGGUAACCAGGAAAUUGCUUAUUGUUUGUAUGACUUUUCGUUUAUGAUUUUUUACAUCAUCCAUAGUGCUAUGAGCUUUGUUGACAAUUGUUGAUACUAGAAAUAAUGAUUGGUAUGAUUAUGCAACUGCAAAAUCAAUUCACUUUCAGUUUUAUUUCUUACAUUUUUUUAAAUUUUUUUUUUUGGACUCAUUUUGUAAUAAUUUUGUUAUGUUGGUAUUUCAACAAUAUUUUAAAGCAAACUGAAUUGGUAUAAUAUUUAUCAAUAGAACUUUUUGUUUUUCUUAUUAGUUUCCAAUAAUAGUGACAUAUUAAGACAUUUUGUAUAUUAAUAACUCGAAACCAUAUUUAAAAUAAAUGCUACCCCAUGAGAAUUAUACAUGUUAAAAAUGUUAUCCAAUCCUAAACCUAAAGUCUGUUAGGCCUUGAAUUAUACUAAAAUGGUACACUGCAUACCUGUUAAAAUUAGAGUUUGAUCAUUCUAUGAAGUAUACAUUUUCAAUUAUUUCAAUUUUAUUUUUUUUAUGUUUCAUCUGAUAAUGUAAUCCGAAUCCAUUUUCUGAGUAAAUAAUAAUAAACCAUUAAAAAAACACAAUUUUUCCUUAUCAUGUUUUCAAAUUAAUUAUGUGUGCACUGGAUUUGGUAUUUUUAAAUGGUAUAGAAUACUUUAAUUUCUGAAACUCAUCUUUUUCCAUACAAUUUUUAGAUGCUGAGCCGAGUGAGAAAUGUAUUGAUUUUAUAAUGAUAUUUAUUUUUUUUUUUAAUGAAGAAUUAUCCUAAAAAAUUUUGUUCAGUGUUGUAUUUUUUCUGAAAACAAAUCUGACCUGGGUGGUACUUUAGGGAAGUUUUUUUUUGGUUUUACCAGGGGUUUUCUUUAUAAAUAGAAAACAAAUGGAAAAUUUACAUAACGUAUUAUUUUCAAAUCGUAAAUAUUUUACAGCCUUUUAAACAUAUAUAAUCGAACUCUGAUCAAAAUUAUUUUUCAUUAAGAAUGAUUAACCUUCGUGUACAUAAUUGCAUUAAUUUUCCCCUCUACUUUUUCAAACCCAUCCAGUAAGUCCAUUUCUCUUUUUUUAGCUACUUAAUUAGAAAAUUUAUUUAGAUAAGUAAAAAUAAAAAAAUUUUUAUUUUACCUUUUACUAAAAAUUAUGAAUUCCAAAAUUUUAACAAAAUAGCUAUUACAAUAUUUAUAAUAUUUGUAUAAAGUAUACAUUAUCAAUUAUUAUUAUAUAUUUAAUUUUUCAUUACAUUGAAUGUAAUUGUUUUAUUUCUUUUUUUUUAUUAUUUCAGCAAAAAAUUAUGGAUUGUUUCUUGUUGACGAAGACAUUAAAAAAGGGGUUUGGUUAGAACCCGGACGUAAUUUAGAAUACUAUAUUCUUAGAAAUGGGGUAAGUCAGUUUAUUUUCUAAUGUGAAUAAUAUAUUAUUGGUAUUUAGUAAAAAUAGAGUUCUGUAUUUAUUUUCAUAUACCAAAUAUAAUUUUAAUUAUUUUUGAUAACAUGUUAAAAAUAUUAAAUUAUAAAUAUUGAAUCUAAUUUUUUGAUUACUUUAAAGAAGAGGUUCUCAAAUUUGUAUUUUUAUAUACACCACUUACAUGUAUUUUGUAUCUAUAACGUAUAAUUUAUAACUAAAAAUUUAACUAUUCAUAUUGUUCUUACAUUUAUUUCAAAGUAAUAAGAGUAUAAGAUAGUAAAAUACUUCAAUAUAAUUUAUAUAAAAAUAAAAAGUAUAAAUUAUAAACUUAUAGUAUUAUAUCCAUUUAAAAAAAUGUUUUAAUAUGUACCAUAGUUUGAGAAUUGCUGCUUUAAAAAAUAUAACUGAAUUCGAAAUUAAUAUAUUUGGGUAGAACAGUUUUUAGAAUAAAGUUCUUAUUAAAUAGUCUAAACAUAUAUUUAUAUUGAACUAUUUUAUUUUUUAUAACUAAAAUAAUAGUAUAAUUUAAAUUUUUUAAACCAGUAGAAUGGUGUCUACAUUUCAUGGAAGAUUAACUCUUUCAAAUAGAAUCUUUAUAAGUUUUAAUUAUGAAUUUUAAUAAAAUAUAAUUUUGGAUCCUUUAAAAUUUAUAUAGUUUGUAUUAAAAGUUUACAAUUUGUCUGCAACAUAUUUUAAUUUAUUGUUAAGUUACUAUUUCUACCUUUAGGAUUUGUUGGAAUAUCGAAAAAAGUUGAGAACAUUGAAAGUACAUAUGCUUGAUGGAACUCUGAAAACCCUUCUGGUGGAUGACAGUCAACCAGUUGCAAAUUUAAUGGUUGUUAUUUGCACAAAAAUUGGUAUGAGCAUAAAUUAAUAAUCUUAUUGUCCAGUACAAUAUUUUAUAUUUUAUCAUAUUAAAAUAUUACAAUUAUAUUUAAAUUAUUUAUCUCACUGUGUUCCUGUUUAAUAUGAUUCUCUAAAUUCAUAUUCAUUCCAUAGGGAUCACAAACCACGAUGAAUAUAGUCUUGUAAGAGAAAAUUUAGAGGAAGAAGUUGAAAAUAAAGCUAAUUUUGGAACAUUGACAUUAAAAAGAAAAAAAGAAGAUAGAGAACGAGAAAAAGAUGCCAAAAUGGAACAAUUGAGAAAAAAAUUAAAAACUGACGAUGAAGGUAAUAUUUUUUUAUAUUUAUCAAAAUUACUAACAUAUUUUUUUACAAUUAACAUUUUAAUCUAUUAUUAUAAUCAAAAUAAUUAUGUACUAUUGUUUUGAAUACAAUUUAGUUUAAGAGGCUAAUUGGCCUUCAAAGUAAUUGCAAAAAUAAGCAUACACACUUAUAAUAAUGUACCACUCAUUUUCUUUAAUAUUUUUACUAAAAUUGGUAUAGGGUCAUAUUUUUAACACAAGUUGAUUUCUUAAAUUCCAUAUAUUUAUUUCGUUUUUAAAAAAUAUUGAUUAUCUAAAUAUUUGUCUGAAAUUGGCCUAAUAAUAUUUUAACUUUAGUUCUAAUAUUAUUGUUUGAGUAUAUUAUACUCAAAUAUUUUAAUACUUUGUAUUGUACAAAUCAUAUGAAUUAUUGAACUUGAAUAUUAAAUUGGCAUUAAACCAAUUUAGUAGUAUUUUUAUUUUAUACUGUGUAUAAUUGCAUGCAUAUGUUUCCAUAUAUAUGAUACAUAUUUAUUAAAUGAAGCCAACUUAGAAUUUAUUUUCACUAAAAAAAAAAAUUUGCAUAGACAUACUGAGUGAUCAAUCAUAAGACACUGAUUAUCUCGGAAAGUAUUAAAGUAUGACUUUUUUUGACCAUUUAAGAAAAAAGUAACUCUAAAAUGUUACAUUACCAUUAUUUUUGAGACCUUUAUAUUUGAGAGUGAAAUCACUACCUAUUUUGAUUUUCAAAGGGUAAUAUUUAUUAAAACUCCACAAACAGAUAAAUUUAAUAGAUAAAUAGUUCAAUCAAAAUAAAUGUUGGCAUUGAAAUCUUUAAUUUCCGUUAAUCCACUCAACUACCAAAUUAGGGGGUGAUUUGUAAUUGUAUCACUCAUUGUAUAGAUUGUGUAGGUAAUUAGAAAAUAUAAUUACGAAAUUAUGAAAAACAACUGUUUACAACAUUUUUAGAAAUUGUUCUCCAAGGCAAAUUAUCUAAUUUAAUAAUAUAAAUUAUUUUAUAAUUUAAAAAUGUUUUUUAAAUAAAUUAAAUAUUUUUAUUAAACUAUUUUACAAUAAUUGCAUGCAUGUUUUUAGAACAUAGAACUAUUUUGAAUAGUAACCUUAACUUUUAUUAUUAUUAUUUUUUUGUUUUUAUUUUUAAGUAAUGUUUAGGUAUAUUAAAAAAAUCCAAGUGUUAAAAAUUAAAAUUGUUUGAAAUACAGUGUGAAGUCUCAUAAUAAUUUUUAAACAACAAAUAACAUUGUAUGAUUAAAAAUUAAAAAUUAUUGUUUCAGUGAACUGGGUUGAUCCCUCUAAAACACUACGGGAACAAGGUAUCGAUGAGGGGGAACCUGUAUUAUUAAGAAGGAAAUUUUUCUUUUCUGAUGGAAAUAUUGAUUCUCACGAUCCAGUACAAUUAAAUUUAUUAUAUGUUCAGGUAAUCAAUACCGAAUUGUUAUUUUAAUAAUGAAAUACAUCAUGAUACAGAGUAUUAUUUUUUUGUAGGCAAGAGAUGCAAUUUUGGAUGGAACUCAUCCAGUAACAGAAAAACUUGCUUUACAAUUAGCUGGCAUCCAAACACAUAUUCAGUUUGGAAAUUACUGUGAAACUAAACACCGCCCUCCAUUUUUAGAGUAAAGAUAUUUUUUUUAUUAUCUAUUCAAAUUAAAUUAAUUAAUUAUAUUACUUUUAACUUUUAGUCUAAAAGAAUUUUUACCUCAGUCAUACAUAAAAAUUAAAGGUAUUGAGAAAAAAAUAUUUUCUGAACAUAAAAAACAUUUUGGAUUAUCUGAAUUAGAUGCUAAGGUUCUUUACACAAAAACUGCUCGAUCAUUACCUACUUAUGGAGUAACAUUUUUCUUAGUUAAAGUAAGUUAUAUUAAUAUUUUCUUAUUCUUAUUAAGUUUAGUUUUUUUAUAGUUAAUUUGUUUUUUUUUUUUUAGGAAAAAAUGAAAGGAAAAAAUAAAUUAGUGCCUCGUCUUUUGGGAGUGACAAAAGAGUCAGUUUUACGUUUAGAUGAAAGAACCAAAGAGAUAUUACAAACUUGGCCCCUGACAACAGUAAGACGUUGGGGUGCUUCACCAAACACUUUCACAUUAGAUUUUGGGGAUUAUUCAGAUCAAUAUUAUUCAGUUCAAACUACUGAAGCUGAACAAAUACUUCAAUUAAUCUCUGGUUAUAUUGACAUUAUCUUGAAAAAAGUGAGUAUGCUAUAUGUAUAUGAAUGUGUACAUUUAUUAUAUUUAUUGAUUUUUUUUUCAGAAAAAGUCAAAAGAUCAUUUUGGUAUUGAAGGAGAUGAAGGUUCAACCAUGAUUGAAGACAGUGUUUCCCCAUUAAAGUUAGUUUAUACAUAUUUAAAUUAUUGUUACAUUAGUUUCGGAAAAUAAUUAUUUAAUUAUCAAAAUAAUUUAGGUAGUUUUUGAAUUUUAGUCUUUAUAGUAUGCAAACAAUUACACAAUUAAUAUGAAUGCAAUUACCGCUCAUGAUAUACUUGUUAUUAAUCUAAUAAUUAUUAUGUAGUAUGUAUAUCUAAUGAGUUAUAACAAAUAUUUUUGUACUAUAGGGCAACCAUUUUGCAACAUGAGAGUAGUCAAUUUGGAAAAGUGAAUACUGAAUCAGUAGCAAAACCAGCAGUUAUGAGAGCAGGAGCUGAUGGUAUGUUUACAUUAAAUAAUAUAUUUAAAAACGAACAAAAAUACCAUAAACUGCACAAGAAAUAAUUAAUUUUAACAUAUUUUAAUAACUCAAACAUAUUUUGUAGAGGCUAAUAAAAAUAGUUUAUAUUAUAAGCUUUUAUUGUGCUUUUAUUGAAAAUUAAACUAGGUAGUUUCAUAAAUUUGCAAAUAAAAAUAGAACAUCAAUAAUAUAUGAAAAAUAAUAUUAUUACAAAAACUCACAUUUUUUUUGCUUCUACUAACACAUAAUAUUUAAAAUUUGUUCACUAAUGACAUAUUUUAUCUUUUAUCAAUUAAUAUUAAAUAAAGAUCUUAGUUUAUUUAUUGAUUGGUUUUAAUUCAAAUAAAUUCUUUUUUUUUUUUUGCUCAUUUACUAUCAUUAAAAUUUAACUAUAAAAAAAUCUUGCUUAAUAAUUAAGUAACAUAAUUUGUAAUUACAAAAUACCAAUAUUUCUAUUGGUUAUGUAUAGUGUAUACUUUCUGUAUUUGCUGUAUGUAAAAUAAUUCAAAUUAGUUUAUAAAACUAAAACUAUAAAAUUACAAUUAACUGUACAAAGUAAGUAAAAAUUGGCUAUGAUAGGAAUUAUUACGAGAAAGUGUUAAGGUUUUUUAAAAAUCCUUUAUUUUCUUUUUGUUAAUAAAUUCAUAGUUAAAAUUAUUACAAUUCUUAAAAUGGAAUCAGUGUGGUUGGGUUCAUGUUUUAUAUGCAAUGAACUCUUAUUGUAGAACCUUCAUCCUGUUUUUUUCUCUUUAAUGGAAAUAAAAAUUAAAUUAAUUUACAAACCCACUUCCCCCUCCCUUAUACAUUCAUAUUGAUGUCUGAUAAAUAUGCAAUAUACAUGUAUGCAUAUUUUUAUUUAGAUGUUUUUUUUUUCUAAAAUAAGGUAUAUUGUAGAAAGUUUAAAUGUUAUUUAAGAUAACAUUCAUAAUACAAUUAACUCUAUUGUAAGUGGUAUACUAAAAUGUUUCCAUUUACCACUCUAAUUGUCUUAUUAAAAAAUUUAAACUAAUAUUUUAUUUUAUACUUAACUUAUUUACAUGAAUGAUUAUUAUUCUAUAAUUUUUUAUAUAGUAGGUAUAGCUUUUUUAGAAUUUUCAUUUUUAAUUAUUGUUAAAGUAUGCAUAUAUAUGGAGAGUGUAAAAGGUAAUCCUUAAAUAUUUAAAUAAAUAUACAUUUUUCUCAAUGAUAUUUUAUUUUUAUGGAUCAAUCAAUACUUGCAUAUUAUUAUUUUAUAAUUUUUAAAUAUAUUUCCAAAAAAAAUCCAUAUAAUACAAAUAAUAAUAUUAAAUAAUAAAUAAAAUAGCAACAAUAAAUAUUGGUACAUCAUAUAACUUUAUUAAAUGCACUCAUAACAGCUCCAAAUCAUUACAGAACUCCCAUUUAUCUAUGAUUGUAAAUUCUUUGGAACUAACUGUUUAAUUGUGUCCACACAAAACAUCAAAAAUAUUAUUUACUUGUGUUUGAGAGCUAUGUAAGUUAUUUAUUGUAAAUUUCUUUUGUUUAUUUUUUUUUAAUCAUUUAAUAUUUUGGAUUAGUAUCUUACCAUAGUAAUUUCUGUUCUCAAUUUAUAAUUGUACUUACCCUAACAAGAAAAAUUUGAAAAAUUUUAGGAGCUCUAAUAUUUGAAUUCAAGUUGGUUUUUCAUACUACCUACUUAUUUUCGUAAAUUUUCUAUUAAAUGAUCUAUCAUGUCAUUUGUAGUGCUAUGAGUUCUGCAAUAAUGUUUGAUAUUUGGUAUAAUAUAAUUUACAUUGAUUGUGUGAAUCAAUUUAUGUUCAGUUUUAUUUCUUUCAACCCUUUUUUGGACCCAUCUUGUAAUAAUAUUGUAAUAAUGUUAGUAUUCCAACAAUAUUUUGAAGCAAACUAAAUUGGGAUAAUAUCUAUUAAUAGGACUUUUUUUUAUUUAUUUCAUUGGUUUUUAAUAAUAUUAUAAGUAAAUAUGCUUUUCUGUAACUAAAAUAGAUGAGAAUAUUUAUUGUUAUUGUUUUGAUUAUUAUUGAAUAUAACUAUAACUAUAAUAAAUUGUUAUGUUUAUUUUUUUUAUUUGUAAUAUAUUAUUUAAAAAUCGUAAGAAAAUAAUUUGCAGGUGUUAAAUUUCCAAGGUAAAUAAAAUUGUGGAGAAUCAUUUAUUUAAAAAUUUAGUGUUGGAAUUCUUUUUACAUUCACUAUAUACAGGGUGUCCUACAGUGUUAUAUGAACAUUAUAAAACUAUCAUUACUUAUUUAUUUUUUUUUAUUUUUUUUUUAAAAUCGGGUUUGGGUCAGUGGGACACAUUGUAGAGAAAAACAUUUUUUUCUUUUCAUCACUCAAUCACUUAAAAAACACUUUAUAUUUUACUUUUUAAAAUUUUCAAAAUAGCCAUUUUGUAUAAAAUAUUAGUCUAUACAUUGUAAUGUAUCAUACAGUCAUAUUCAAUCAAUAGUUUAUGAGUAAUAGCCAUUUAAUUUCUAGAAAAAUGGGUGUGAAAACAAUUAAACAUUUCAAAUAGAAUAACAAUAAGGAAACAUAAUCAGCACAAUUGAAAAAAAAGUUAUAUAAACCUUCAUAUAUUACUGUAAGACAUCCUAUAUAUUAUUUAUGUUAACAAAAAGAAGGGGAGUUGGCAAUUAAUUUUUGAGUUUAUAUAUAUAUAUAUGAAUAUUAAUGUCAUUGUAAGUUUAAAACAAAAAAUAUAGAAAUUGUACAACAGGAGAAAUGAGUUAUUUUUUAAAAGAUUUUUAUAAUAUUUUGUUUUAUGUAUUUGUACUCUGAAGGUUAGGUUACAUACAAUACAUUGUUCUAAAUUUUGGCAUUUUAUGAGAGAGUGUGUGUCAAUCUUGUUUUCAUUAAACACAUUUUAGAAAAGUAAAACAUGUUUUAUCCAGGAAUAUAGAAUACUUCAUGGCAUCGGUUUAAAAAAUACACCGUGGUGCAGGCAAACUGGAUAUUUAAAGGUAAUAUUGAUUGAUUCUCAAUCAAUGAAUGUAUAUUUUUACCAUUUCCUCUUUGUAUUUCAAUUACCCUCUUCAGUUGUACAUUUAUCAUUAUUAUUAUUUUUAUUAUUAUUGUUAUAGUCUUGUAGGUUUAUUUGAAUCUAUUUCCAUUAAACAUGUUGAUUGUAAUUAUUCAUUGCAUAUAUAUAUUAUAUGUAUAUGUUUUUAUUUUGUAGUUUUGUAAUUAUUAUAAUUUAUCCUAUAGACAUUAUUAAUUUUAUAAACUAUAUUAUUUAUUUAUUUUUAAUAUAGAAUGUGAUUUAUUAAGGGGUACAGUAUGUCUCUGAAAUGUCCUAACUAUAGAAUAUUAUUUUAAUUUUUGAUUAUACUAACUUGAAUAAUAAGAAAUAUUACCUAUUUUUUGUUCAAACUAUAUAGAAUAAUAAUGAAAUAAUGUAGGUUAGUACUUUGGAGACAUAAUGUAUCACAAAUGCAGUUUUCACUGAAGUCCAUUUUCAAUUUUACCCUGAAAUGUCAUAAUUAAUUUAACAUAUGCAUGUAACUUAAUAAUAUUAUAUGUAACUGCUUCAUUAGAAAUUGUAUAUAUCAAACAUAUUAAACAUUCAUAAAUAGUUUAUUUAUAAAUCAUAUAUAUCUGUAUAUAUGUUAUUAUUUAUAGCACAGCUAGAAUAAUAUUGAUCAAAGUGAUCCAUAUAUUUUGAUUUUACCUAUCUUUCUAAUUAACUGGAUCCGGUUUUUUUUUUUUUAAUAUUCAUUUACUAUAUAAAUUAUUUUUAAAUUAACUGAUACAUUUUCAUUGGCGCCAAGAAUCUAAAAAUUCUUAACCUAAGCUAACUUAAAUAAUUAAAUUAAUAUACUUAGAAUGCAAUAACUUUUGUUCUAUUCAAUAUUAUUGUAUGUAUAUAUUUUGAAUAAUUAGUAUGCUCCAGCACUACAGAUUUUAUAUGAACAUUUUUUUUUUGUUUUUUAGUGGGAGGGAGAUUUAAAAUAAAAAAUUCAAAAUGUCAUGUAUUUUUUUUUUGAAUAAAAAUUCAAAAAAGCCACUUUGUAAUAUUUUUCAAUAGGAUUUUCUAUGAUUUUUUUUGAAGUUUUUUGCAAAUGUGAGUAUUAAAAUAUUUAAUCAGUUAUUAGUCAGGCCACAUGAUAAGGAUUUUCUUUUCCAUGAGUAAUACCAUGCAAUAAUAUUAUCAUAUUAUAGGUAUAAGGUAGUAUCAAUCAAUCAGUAAUGGAAAUUUAUGUUGAUAAACAAUAUUGUUAUUAUUGAAAAGAAAAUUAUUUCAACUUUCCAAACAAUUUUAGAAAAUAAAUAACCAUAUUUUAACGAAAUUUUGAACUAUUAAAAUUUUUCCAAAAAUAUAUUUACAAAAUGGCUAUUUUGAAAUUUUUUUUAAAAAAAAAUUAUAUUUAAAUUUUUAAUUUUAAGUCCUCUUACUCCUAAAUAAAAAAUGUUUAUGUAUACUGUAGCAUAGAGGUACACUAAUUAUUAAAAAAAAAUAUAUAUUGAUAUAUAUAUAUAUAUAUAUCAAAAACAUUGAAUAAUAGUUAUUGCAUUUUUCGAAUCUUUGUGGGACAUCCUGUGUAUACUGAUAUUCUACAGUGUUAUUUGUUUGCUAUAACUCUGUUUAUAUUAAUUUUUUUCAAUUAGGUUUUGUAUAAGAAAGACACAAUUGUAGAAAAAAAUGAAAUUUGUAUUUUCAUCCAAUAAUCACAAAAAAAAUAUAACUUUAUUUUUCACUUUUUAAAAUUUUCAAAAUAGCCAAUUUGAAAAAUAUAUUCUAAAAAUUUAAAUGUAUCAUAUAUUCAUAUCUGAUUAAUAGUUUCUUAGUAAAAGCAGUUAUAAUUUCAACAUUUCUUAUCUUGUAUUAUGACCAUGAUUUGCUACCAUGUAAUCAUAGUUAUCAGUUUAGUUUUUUGAGUAAUAAAAUUACUUUAUUAAGAAACUAGUGAUUAUGAAUACAAUUCGCUCCACUGAAAGAAUAAUGACACAAAUCAAAAUAUGGGAAAUCAACUUUUAAAAAUUCUUCAUAAUGUACUAUAAUUUUUCUCAUGUGAAACUGUUACUUUUUAAAUAUGAUAAGAUAGUCAUCUGACUAGAAAAAUAUUGUGUAACAUUAUUAGUCAAGUCAGAAUAAAGUCACAUCUCAGAAGUGUCAAUAUUUAGGCUGGAAACUAUAAUUCAAUUUAAGAAGACAUAAAUACAUUCAAAUUAAUACUAUCUUUAAUAUUAAAUAAAUUAAAGAUUACUUAAUUAUAAAGGAUAACAUCUUGCAUAUUUUGAUAGUAAUAAAUUGGAAAGUAUUUUUUGAGUUGUGUGAUUAUUCUUUCAGGGGUAUGGUAUGGUAUAUUCAAAAUUUUAGAAUAAUAUAUUUUACAAAUUGGCUAGUUUGAACAUUUUGAAAGUGAAAGAGCAAAGUUAUUUUUUUCAAUGAUUUAGGAAUGAAAAUAAAAGUUGCAUUUUUUUCUAAAUUUGUGCCUUUACACAAAAUGAUUUUAUAAAUUAUUAUAUUUUAAGUACAAUUCAUUUAUAAUUUCAGUUCUAAUAAGAAUAAAUUUAACAGUAAAUUAUCUUAUAAAAUAUAUCAUUAUUUAAAAAUAUGUUUUGUUCUUCAAUUUUAUUAAAUUAUUAUUGAACCUAAAAAUUAAAACUAAUUCAUUCAAUGGGAAUUAAAAACCUUUGCAUUUUCAUUUUCAAGAUAUUAAGACUAAAACUGUUUGUUUCUCUGAUUUAAUAACUAACUGAUUGUACAAGGGGAUAAUAAUUACACUAAUAGAAAAUGUGGGCAAAUUAAUUUUUUUUUCAUAAUUUAGAUUUCUAAACUACAUUAUUGUUGAUUAUAUUGAUAUAUAUCAAGAAUGAUCAAUAUAAAAUAAGAUAUUCAUUAUCUCAGAAAAUAUGAACUUUUUCAGAAUUUGUUUUUUAAAAAAAAUCAAGAAAUUAGUAGCUCUAAAAUGUUACAUUACUCUUUUGUAAGCCUUAUUUUAGAGGGUUAAACCACUACUUACUUUUGAUUUUAAUAUGACAAUGUGUAUUAAAAAUUACAUAAAUAGAUGGAAUUUUAGUUCAAAUUAAUUUUGGUGUUAAAAUUUUGAAUUUUGAUCAAUCUAUCGGGGUGAAACAAAUUUUAUGUUGGGGUGGAGAAGGUUGAGUAAUGGUGCAUUGUUUAAUAUUUUUCCACCCUCCUUCCUCCAGGAGUCUAAACUUAGAAGUGGAAUAUCUGAAAUUUCAACACUAAAAUUUAUAUUAACUAUUAGUCCAUCUAUUUAUGGACAUUUUUGUGUAGGUUGUUAUUUGAAAAUCAAAAUUCGGUAGUAAUUUCGCUUCUUGGAAUUAGGGUAACAAUAUGUUUUCUGAAAUUAUGAAAGUCUUAUAGAAUGUUGAUCAUCUGUGUUAUCCAAGUAGUAAAUUGUAUUGUUAGUAGUUGUUGCUACUAUAAAUGUAUUUGCUGCUGUACACUUUCUAAACUUUCUAUGAAGUCUGAAUUUUGGAUGGUAGUUAAUAAAACAUAUUGCAUAUAGGUGCUCGGCCGUAUGGACUUGGACAUGUAGGAAAUGCUCAGUACACAACAUUAAGCGGACAAAUAAAUAUAGCUCAUACACCAACACUGGUUUGUUUAGUUGAUUAAUUUAAUGCAAGAAAAACAUUAAAAAUUAUCUAAAACAGUACUAUGUUUCUACUUUACAGACACCGCAAAAUAAACAAAUCAAGAUAUUGAGUGCUCCACAAAAAGCAUUAUGUAUGACAAUAUCAAAUAGUCAAGAAAUUAUAACCACUAUAGAAAAAGAAUUGAUUACAAAAGCAGUUGUUCCUGAAUUUGGUACUGGUCCUGUAAGUAAAAAUUGUUCUAUGAAAUGUUUGAAUAAAUUAAAAUUGUUCAUAUUCAAAUCAUAGGCCUCAAUUAAACUAAAAGAAACUACAAUUGAUUCAAAUAAACAAAAUGUCAGUGAUCAGAUUGCAGCUAUGAAUGCUGCUACAGCUCAAGUGGUCACAUUAACUUCUGGUGGAUAUUAUUAUUUGUUCACUUAUCACUUAUUAAUUGUGCUAUAGUGUUUUAUAAUAUUGAUAUUUUUUUCUUAUUCCAGGAGAUAUUGAUUAUUCUAGUGUUGAACAAGCUAUCACUUCUAUUACUACAAAUUUACCAGAAAUGAGUCAGGGUGUUCGUGUAUUGGCUGCAUUGACACCUUCUGGUGAUCAUUUGUUGGAUGCAGCUCGUAAGUUGUGUUUUGCUUUCACUGAUCUUUUGAAAGCUGUGCAACCAGAUUCAAACACCGUAUGUGAAAUAUAUUUUACAUGUCUAGGAUAUUUAUUUGUAAAUAUAAUGUUUAUUAAAUUCAUUUCAGGGACGACAAAACUUGUUGAAUGCUGCUAGUAAAGUAGGUGAAGCUUCUCAACAAGUCUUAACACAAAUUGGAGAUGAUAGUGCUGAUGAGUCUCGUGAAAUCUUACUGAACUUGGCUAAAGCUGUGACCAAUACAACAGCUGCUCUUGUCGUAAAAGCUGAGAAUGUUGCAGCAACUGUUGAACUUCAACAUCAGUCCAAUGUCCGAAGUGCUGCAACCACAUGUGCACUUACAACUUCACAGCUUGUAGCAUGUACAAAAGUAUGUAUUAUAACAAUAUACUUUACUGGUAAAAAAAGCUUUUUUUAAAUAACUUUAUCCAGAUAUACUCGACAUCUAACUAUCAUCACUACCUAGUUACAUAAAACACUUUGUCAUUAACCUAAAUUACCUAAGUUCGGAUAACACCCCAAUCCUUUUAACUAUGUUUAUUUCAUUAGAGUCAAAUCCACUGCAUCCAUCAUUAUCUCAAGGCCCAAUCAAAUGGGACAAAUUUUCUGAAAUUAUACAAAAUACAACCUUCUUUAAUGUCUCUCACCAAACCAAAUAGAUGGUUCUUUUUGGAAAACAACUAAAAAUCUACUUAAAAUAAAAGAAUAACUUCCUUCCUUAAUUAACCCUGAGUGCUCAUUGGCCAUCUCCGAUAUUAAAAAAGCCAAUCUAUUCAGUAAACACUUAUCGAAAAUAUUCACGCCACAUGUUGACAUAUUAUCAAACUCUGAACACUUGGAAACUGUCAAACAAUUUAUCAACAGCAGUCUUUCUAUAUUAUUACAUGAUAAACAUAUCUCGCCAAAUAAAGUUUUAUUUUUAAUUAAAAAAUUAAAAGAUGGUAAAUCACCAGGUUACGAUCUAAUUGCCAAUAAAGUUCUCAAAAAUCUUCCACACUAACCCAUUUUACUAAUUACUUUUAUUUUCAACUCUAUGCUAAGACUCAUAUUUCCCACUAAUAUGGAAACUGUCAACUGUAAUACUUAUACCAAAACCAAAUAAACCAAGGACUUUAGCCACCUCUUAUAGACCAAUAAGUUUACUUCCAACUCUAGCUAAACUAUUCAUAAAAAUAAUACUCAAAAGAAUUAGACCUAUAAUGCAAACUAACAAAAUUAUCCCAAACUCUCAAUUCGGUUUUAGAGCAAAACAUUUCACAGUACACCAAAUUCAUAGAUUGACAGACGAAAUAUUAUCUUCCUUUGAAAUGAAAUCAUUUUGUCCAGGUGUUUUCCUGAAUUUAGUGGAGGCAUUCAAUUGAGUGUGGCAUGAAGGCCUACUGUACACACUCAAACUUGUUUACCUGCACCAUAUUAUCUAAUUAUUCGCUCAUAUCUUGAAAACCGCUCCUAUUUAUUUAUGGAAGCCCAUACUGAAGCUGGUGUAACUCAUGGUAGUGACCUCUCUCCUUACUUAUUUAAUAUUUAUAUGGUUAAUAUACCUGUUAAAGCAAGCACCACAAUGGCCACUUACACAGAUGACACGGCAAUACCUUUGUGCUAGUAAUGACCAUGACAAAACAUCCAACCUUUUACAAAUCCACUUAGAAUCCAUUGCCAACUGGGCAACUAAGUGGCAAAUAAAAAUAAAUCCAGAUAAAUCUGUUUAUGUACCAUUUACUUUAAAAAGAAUUGACCCGCCACCUGUUCGCUUUAGGGUAUUCUAAUUUCAUCAUCUUUUAUUAUCAAAUAUCUCGGCAUUACGCUUGAUAAAAGACUAACUUAAGGCCCAUACUUUAAACUAAAAAAAAAAAUUCUGAACAGCCAACUAUAUCUACAUAUUAAAACCAAAACUCCCAACUCACACCAAACUUAUUAUGUACAAAACACUUUUUUGACCAAUAUGGGCAUAUGCAAUCUAAAUUUGUGGCUGCGCUAAACCAUCCCAAAUUUGUACCAUACAAGCUUUCUAAUUGAUUACUCUCCAUAUGCUAACCUCUUCACCUUGGUUUGUAUCUAACUCCGCACUACACUCAGACCUAAAAAUCGAAAUAGUUGUUCAAUUAGCCACAAAACAUUACAGAUCUAUUUAUUCUAAACUUCAUUUCUAUACUAACCCAAUAAUAAUGCAAAUCUCAUCCAAUACUGGAUCCAUAAAUUCCACCCAUCGAUUCAAAAGAAAAUACUGCAGAGACUUAUUAACCUAAAGUAACAUAUCACGUUGGAUUUCAGCACUAAUUGGCCUCUCUCAUAUCAUUCACAGUUAAAAUGUAUAUAAAUUAUUAUGUUUAAAAUUAUCAUAUUUGCUUAUUUUGAUAUUAUAACACGUAUUGUUGUAAUUAUUCUUUUUCAAUAAAAAAAAAAUUCAAAAUUAUUUAUUUUCAAAAACAGAAAAUAAACUCAUUUAAGUUUUUUUUAUAUUUAUGUAUAUAAUUUGUAAUCUGCAAUAUUUGUUCUACUCGAAAAAAAAAUGUAUUUACCCUAUUAAUCAAGUUCAAUAUUAUAUGAAUAUGCAAUUUAAAAAAGUAUAUUUUAAUAAUAUUGCUUAUAAAAUGAAGUAUUGUUUAAAGAUUUGUUUUCCAAGAGCUAAAAUGUCAAUUUUAUUUAGUUGUGGAAUAUUAUUUUAUGUAAUUUUAUCUAUUUUCAUAAAGGUUUUCAAUAUAAAAACAAGUUUGUAUUUUUAAUACUUUAUUACUUUGUAAAUAUCCAACCUUUAGUGAUGAUAUAACAUUAUAAUAGCAGUAGUCUAAGAUUGAAAACUGCUGUUCCUUUAUCUAUAACUUUUUCCCUCUAUUAUUAUUUAUGUUUUGGUUUUUUUGUUAAGGUUGUAGCUGGUACUGUGGAAAAUCCAAGUUGUAAAGAACAAUUAAUGGUUGCUGCAAGAGAAGUGGUCAAUGCCGUAGAAGACCUUGUUUCUAUAUGCAAUUUAACACAACAUGAAAACAAUGCACAUUUAUUACAAGAACUAUCAGAUGCAGCCUAUCAAGUUACCACUACAUUGAACCAAUUACUAAACAGGCUUACUAGUGCUUCUAGGUAAAUAAUUUUCAUUAUCACAUAGAUUUAUCCUUUAAUUUGUUGAAUAAUUUGAUGUUUAGAGCUGUUGGUGAGAGUUUAAGUAAUUUAGUUGAUGUGUGUACUUCACCAGUUUCAAAAGAAAAGAGGUUUAAUACUGAGAAAACUUUCCAUGUUCAAGAAUACUCAAAGUCUUUCAAUGACACUGGUUUUGUUGAUCAGACUAAUUCUACAAGAAAUUUAAAUAGUUUAGGUAUAAACAAAUAUUUUUGUUGGAUAAAUUGUAAAGUGUGAUCAUAUUGUAAAUACAAAGUUGUAUUAUUAUUAUUUUUUAUACAAUUUCUACAGAUGAAAAUAUAAUUGAUAUAUCGACAUUGACUAAGCGAUAUGACUAUAACCAUGAUACUCACAUAAAUAAUGAAAAUUAUGGAUAUCAUAAGUCAACACAUGAUUAUCAGUUACAAAGUACUACUAAUGAAAUUGAAAAGCAGCAAGUAUGUAAUAUGUGAUGGUUUUAAAAUUAUAUUAUUAUUGUUAUUAUAUUUAUCUGUAAAUCUAGAUAUUGCAAAAAUUGUCAUCUGGUGGAACUCGUGGUAAUCAAGCAUGUAUAAAUGCAGCUAGUACAGUGUCAGGGAUCAUUGGUGAUUUAGAUACUACAAUAUUAUUUGCAACAGCUGGUACUUUACACGCUGAAAAUGAAAAUGAAACGUUUUCUGAUCACCGAGAGAAUAUUUUGAAAACUGCUAAAGCAUUAGUGGAGGAUACUAAAACUCUUGUCACUGGUGAGUAUUAAUUUAGAUGGCAGCUAUAGAAUUAUUUAAAUUGCUGAUUAUAAUUAAAACUACUUCUCCUUGGCCUAUAUUCCAACUAUUUGAGGUCUGUCACUCUUGUUCUAAACUUCCACUUGAUCUGAUCUCCCAUACACUUGCUGACCUCACAUCAUCAACCAUCUCUUUUCAGUCUUACUCUCCACCUCUUAUUUUCAUUAAAAUUCUUACUGCUUCAGAUUCAUCUCUUUCUGUGUCAUGCUAAAACCAUUUCAGUUCAUUUUCUUUUAUUUUGUCUACUACCAAAGCCAAGUCUAAGCUAACUCUUACAUACGCAUCCCAUAUCCUAUUUCUACUGUUCCACUGAUUUUCUAUCUUCCACUGAUUCACCUAAGCGUUUUCAUCUCUAUUACACUCAUUCUGUUUUGUUUUUAUGUUUGAAUAGGAACACUUUGAAUAAUCAAUACAACAUAGUUAGCCUCAUCAUACUUUUGUAGAGGUUAACUUUAAGUCUAACUGACAUUAUCUUGUCACAAAAAAUACCUGAAGCUUCUCUCCACUUUAUAUAACCAGUUGUCCCCAUACAUAUCCUAGAUGAGAAAUUUGGACAGUCUUUUUAGAAUUUCUCAUACUAUUUGACAGAAUUUCAGAACUGCUGGGCUUUCCACCAAUUGGAACUUAGGGCUCUGGGCUUACUAAAUUUGAUUUACAAUGAUACUUGAAUGGUACACUCUAUGCUUCUGAUUUACUAGAAAAAUUUCUCUUUCUGCAUUCUCUAACAUUCCACUCAAAAUCACUCCCUUUUCUCCAUUCUGGCACACUAUCAACCUCUCCAUAGACUCAUACUUAGCCUGACCUCUUCUUUUCUCUUUUUUUUAAUUGUUUGUACUAAUCAUUGUUCUCUUACCACUGCCAUCAGGAUGUUUACAUAUUUAAAUAAAUAAAUAAAUUAUUAAAGGUGUAAAUAUUAUAAAGAAAAUAUAUAAUGCAUAUGUAAUUAUUUUAUCAUAAUAUGACAUAUAUUGGUUACACAAAUAGAAAACCGCCGGUUUUCCAUAGGUUGCUCCAGCAUUGUAAAUUGGUAGAUAAGUGUGAUAAGAAAGGAUAGCCAGUUGAGGCAUCAGUCAACAACUCUACAAAAUCUCGCUUGUCUAUUUUUACUGUGCUUUGUUUUGUUCAUUCACCACAAUGGCGCGUCAAAUUAUUGUAGAAACUUAUGGUGGACAUUGUAUUAGUGAAAGAACGUGUCGGAAAUGGUUUCAUAAGUUUAAAAAUGGCGAAUAUGACGUGGAAGACAAGGACUCGUGAAAAAGUUCGAGGAUGUAAAAUUGGAGAAUUUGCUGGAUGAAGAUUCUUGUAGAAUGCAACAGGAACAUGCAAAUUUAUUGGGUGUGACUCUGCAAGCAGUUUUUCAUCGCUUAAAAUGUUUAGGAGUGAUCCAAAAACUGGCGAGUUUGAAAUGAGUUGAAGUCGAGGGACAUCGAAUGGUGCCUUUUCACAUGCAAACAACUCCUCCAACGGCAAAACAAAAAGGGUUUUUUACAUCAUAUUGUGACUGGCGAUAAAAAGUGGAUACACUAUGACAACCCGAAGUGGAAAAAAUAGUGGGGGCUUCUCGGCCAUUCAUCAACUUAAAACUUCAAAGUGUACUAUGAGUGUACUCUUGCAACCAGGCGAAACCAUUACGGGAGCCCUCAAUCGGUCGCAACUAAUACGUUUGAGUCUAGCGUUAAAAAAAACGCCCGCAAUACUCGGAAAGACACUAUAAGAUAAUACUUAUGCAUGACAACGCUCGGCCGCAUUUUUCCAAGGUCGUGAUAACAUACCUAGAAACUUUGAAAUGGCACAUACUACCCCACCUGCUGUACUCCCCUGACAUCGUCCCUUCUGAUUUCUACCUAUUCUGAGUGAUGACGCAUGACCUGGCCAAACAGUACUUUCGUUCUUACGACGAAGCCAAAAAUUGGAUUGAUUCAUGGAUCCUGUCAAAAGACAAAACAUUUUUUCAAUGAGGAACUGAGAAGCUGCCACAAAAAUGGGAAAAAGUUGUGGCUAGCGAUGGAAAGUAUUUUGAAGAAUGAGUAUGUAACCAGUUUUUUAUAAUAAAACCUUAAAGUAUGAGAAAAACGGCUAUUUUCUAUUUGUAUGCUCAAUAUAUUGUUGACAAAGUAACACUAUCAAUCAAACUUCACUCAAAAUCAUUUUUUCAUAAGCAAUGGUUUAUCGUUGCUUAUAUAUAUGCAUUAAAUUUCCCCUCUACUACCUUCCUAACUUAUCACCUAAAAUAGUGGAUGCACCUAUCCCCAUUAUCCUAGGAUAGAUUUUUAAAUUAUUAUUCAACGACUAAUGAGUAAUUAGAACUUAUAAAAAUGUGUUUAGGUGCUGCUUCAUCUCAAGAACAGUUAGCUGUAGCAGCUCAAAAUGCUGUAUCAACUAUCAUACAAUUAGCAGAUGUAGUGAAGUUUGGCGCAGCUUCCUUGGGUGCUAACAAUCCAGAAGCCCAGGUGAAAAUAUAAUAUUAUGUUACAAUUAAUGUUUAUAAUUAGCCAUUAUUAAUAAUAAUUAAUGAGUUUGUUUUACUUAUAAAUUUAUUUUAUUAAGUAGACAUUUUUAUAAAAUGGUUUUCUACAGUUUUAGACAAAAUAAUUAUAUUUCAAUUUCCUUAAUUUAUUAAAAACUCACAUUCUUAAUUGAUUGAAAGCCAAUUAUAAUAAACAAUUUUAACUUAUAGUACUAUACUUUUACUUUAUAGAAAAAAAAAAAUAUUCAAUUAUUGAACAAAUGUAUUAAAAAUCUGACAAAAGUGAUUGACAAAUUUGAAUUUUGAAUACACAUUUAACAUUUGAUUUAGUAUUCGAAAUAAUUAUGAAGUCAAACAUAAUAUUAUGUAUUUCAGUAGGGAAAUAAUAAGAAAUUUUAAUAUCUAUUGGUAUUUGAAUAUUGAAAAUAGACUCAAGUCUUAAUGAGUUCUAGAAGAUAGGCAAAUUAAAAUCCAUUAUCUAAAUUUGAAUAUGUCAAACAUGAUUGCUAAGUUGUGGAGUACCCCUACUUUAAGUCAUUACCUUCAAACCAGUAUUUCUGCCAGUAUUAAUUUUACUGAGUUCCAUUUUAUACAUCCUUUAAAAACCAGGUGAAAUCAGAAAAUCUGAUAUUGAUUAUUGUAUUGUUAUUAAGAAUAUUAUUAAUGUAUGUAAAAUAUCAAGUUGGUCAGAAGUUGGGUCAAAAAUUGGAAACAAGUUUUGAACUUUUUUUUUAUGAAAUUUAAUGUUCAAAUCAAUCUUUUAUUGAGUUAUGGUUGUUUAAAUGUUUAAUAUUAGUUGUAAGAGACAAAUUAUAUAUAUAUAUAUAUAAAAAUAAAUUUAGGUAGGAAAAGAGGAUUAUCCUUCACUCAAAGUAGGUAUUAAAAAUAUCACUAGAAGAUACCAUGAGGUGUAAAAAGAAAUAAUUUAACCAUUAAAUUAAUGAAUAAUUCAUAAGUAUUAAAAAAUAAUUUCAAACAUUUAAUAUCCAUAAAUCUGCUGUUUUUAAUAUUGGAAGUUAGUUUGACCAUUGAUAUUAAUAAAAAAAUAAGAAUAAAAAUAACUACCCAAAAAAGGGAAGAUAGGUUGCCAUUUAAAAAAAACAUUGCCAUACACAUGUGCGAAAUUAAAUGGCAUAAAAAUAGUUUAAUUAGUUUAAAAAUUAUAUAACAAAGUUUGUUAGGCAAAAAACAGAAUUCAGAUAAUUCUUAAUAAGUACAGUUAUAGUGUUUCCAACCAACAAUUAUAAAUACAGGAAAAAUAAUCAGAAAUGUUACUUUAGAUUGAGUAUAGAUGAUUAUUAUGUUUCCAUGUGAUGGUAUUACAUAUUUCAAACAUAAUUUAAUUCUGUUUACUUUAUUUCAAAGUUUAGAAUUAACUUUAUCCAAAUUUUUACUUUGGAAAAAACACUUUUAAAUUAAAAAUGUCUUUCUCAGAUUGAAAAAAUUACUUUUCUUUUUUCUCUCUAUAUACUAGAUAUAUAUAAAUAAAAUACAAACUAAAUUAAGAACAGGAAAAAUAUACUUGGUCUGGAGUGGUGCAUGUACGAUUUUAAUUUAAAGCAUCAUUAGGUAGUACAAUAAAGGUAAAAAUACCUACAAUUUUAGAUUCCGUAGUGAGGAAGCUAUUGGUUUUACAGUGCUGUUUAUUUUUUUUUAUUUUUAAUCUAGUCUGUGGACACAUUAUUUCUUAAUAAGCUGCUACGAUUUUUAAGUGCAGUACCCUUUCUAAAAUCCUAAGUCCUCUAGAUGAUACUUUAAAAAGGUCAUUUUUUGAUUUUUGACAUCGUUUUUUUUAAAAAAAAGCACUUAAAUGGGAAAAACGUAGGAAAACAUACAAUUUUGCAACUUCAUUAUUUUAUAAAAACAUUGAAUUUUCUACCAGAAAAAAUUAUUUAAUCAAAAAAUCACUAAGUACCUUUUUUGUUUCCUUUUUAAUUUACUUUCUUAUAGUAUCAUUGCCAAAAUUUUUAAGCCACUUUUGAGCUAUUAAGGAAUUUCUAUUUUUGGGAUUUUUUUUGCUGUUAUUUGGUUAUAAAAACAUGUAAAAACUUGAAACUUGGUAAUAAUACUUAUAUUAGACUUACCGAGCCAUGGUCAAAUUUUGAAAAUCAUUGGACAAAUUUUUUUUUUAAUUAGAGUUUUGAAAUCAAGUUUAAACGAAAAUCGCAAAAAAAAUUACUUAUUACCGAACUGCACUUGGAAUUGUCUUUCGUCAAGCAAUGAUGUAUCGUUAUUUACAGAUAUAAAUGAAAUAACCUUUUAUACCCUAUCUUCCCAACUUCUCACCUAUAACAGUGACCGCACCUGUUUCCAGUAUCAGCUCUUUUCUAUGCUUUGUUUUAUUAUUGACUAAUCUCUAAAACAAUUAAUGUUUUUUUCUUUUUAAUCCUUAUCCUUAACAUUACAGGUAAUGUUGAUAAAUGCUAUAAAAGAUGUGGCUACUGCCUUGGGCGACUUAAUUCAAGCUACGAAAGCUGCCUCUGGAAAAAAUAUUAAUGACCCAUCAAUGAACAAAUUAAAAGAAAGUGCAAAGGUAAAUUUUUAAAAGAAACAAAUUAAUAUUUAAUAUAUAUUACAAAAUGUGGAUAAACUAAAUAUUACUUUCUUUUUUUAUUAAUUUAUAGGUUAUGGUUACUAAUGUGACUUCACUUUUGAAAACUGUUAAAGCAGUUGAAGAUGAGCACACUCGUGGAACAAGAGCUCUUGAAUCAACUAUUGAAGUUAUUGGCCAAGAAAUUCGGGUAUUAAUAAUAAAUUAUAAAAUUUUACAAAAAAAUAAUUCUUGCUUAUUUACAAAGAGUUUUAUCUUUGCAUUCUAAAUACAAUUUCACAAUGUUGGGGGGAUCUUAAAAAGAUCAAGUUUUAAAUAUCAAUAUUAAAACAAUGAUAAAUAGUAAAAAUAAAUAUAUAUAUAUUAUAUAAUAAUAAUAUAAUAUAAUAUUAAUAAUAUUUAUAUUAUUAUUAUUAUUACUAGAAUGGUUCGAUACAUACAAAUUAUAUAGUUUAGACUAAUAAUAUUGGUUAUGAUGAUAUUCUAUUCAAUAUUUAUAUUUAACUGUAAACUGUAUUUUAGGCAUUAAACUCCACUGAAACUUUCAAAUCGACAGCGACUGUAGAAGAAUUAAUACGCUGUACAAAGCCCAUAACAAUGGCCACAGCAAAAGCUGUUUCUGCUGGUAACAGUGGUAAACAAGAAGAUGUUAUAGUGGCUGCGAACAUAGGGCGUAAAGCUAUAUCUGAUUUAUUAACUGUGUGCAGGGUAAUUGUUUUAGCUUUACCAUUCCUAUCAUCAAUUUUGGAUUCCACACACAUCAAAUAAUUUUCAUGAGUAUAUUUAUUUAUUUUUUUUUAUUUAGGGAUGCAGUAAUACUAUUGAAAAUCCUGAGUUGAAAACAAGAACAUUACAGGCUGGUCAUGAUAUUGCUCAAGAAUACAGAAAGUUGUUACAAACUGUAUUUUUGGUAAUAUCUAAACCAAAUUCCAGUUCAGAUUCCAAGCACAUGCUACAAACUAUUCCGCGUUUGAUCGCUCAAUAUGUUACAGAAUUAAUAUCAGUAACUGAAAUUAUCAAAGGUAGUUUUGUUUAAUCCAAUUUUUCAUACAUAGUAAAUGUUAUAUGUAAUUAUAUUAAAAAUUUAAUUUAGGAAACGAUUGGGUGAGCCCAGAAGAUCCUACUAUAAUUGCGGAAAAUGAGUUAUUGGGCGCAGCAGAAUCUAUUGAUGCUGCCGCAAAAAAAUUAGCUGGUUUACGUCCCAGAAGAUCUGUUGUUGAGGUAAAAUAUUUGUCUUCCAUGCAGUUUUUUGCAUCUCCACUUGUAAUUUCAUCACUUUCAAUUAAACUGACUGAUCAUUGUUGUUCUCUUAAUGACUGUGUCAAUAAAUCUUUACUUUAUCAUAACUAAAAUUUUGUUUCAAAGUAAUAUAAUGUACAGUUUUUCAUUAUGGACAAACAUAAUAAAUAAUAAAUGAGCCCAGAUCAUUUAAAUAAGGUUUAAUUUUAUUAGGUUUGUUCAUAUUUUACAAUAGAUUUUGCUAUUAUUGUAUUUUAGUGUUAAAAAAUAUAUAUUGAAAACCACUCAUAUUAAUUCAAAUGUAUUAAUUUUAUUCUAACAUAUUAGCUAAUAACUAGAAUAAAACACUUUUAUAAUAAUUUUAUUAUAAUGUAUUUAGGAAGAUGCUCAUGCAUCAUGGAAUUUUGAUGAAGUCAUUUUGGAAGCUGCCAAAUCAAUUGCUGCUGCCACAUCAGCUUUAGUAAAAGCAGCAUCAGCUGCACAACGGGAGCUUAUUGAUUCUGGAAAAGUAAGUAACCCAAAUAGGUUUAUGUGUUAGUGGUUUUAUUAAAUGUAGAAAAACAAUGUGUAUACAUAGUGAAAUGUAAAAGGACAAUGGUGUAAUUAAAAUGUGUGUACAUGGUAGAUAAUAUUACAUUUUGAAAAUGCAGGUAAGUGGCAGACCCUUGACCAAUUCAGAUGAUGGGCAAUGGUCCGAAGGACUAAUAUCAGCUUCCCGGCUUGUAGCUGCUGCUACUCAUAGCUUAGUGGAAUCAGCGAAUGCUUUAAUCCAAGGGAUAUCUAGUGAAGAAAAGCUAAUAUCAGCGGCAAAACAAGUAGCAUCUUCCACUGCUCAGUUACUGGUAUCCUGUAAGGUUAAAGCUGAUCCUGACAGUGCUUCUACAAAAAUAUUAUCGGUAAGUAAUAAAUUUUACUUCAUGAUACAUAUUUUACUUUGGCCUGAUGCUUUUUGGAUUACAUUUAUUUGUUGUUAUUUCCGCUCAGGCUGCUGGCAAUGCUGUGAAACGUGCAACAGAUAAUCUGGUAAAAGGGGCUCAACAGGCCAUACAGAAUGAUGAAGAGCGAAGUUUAGUCCUCAGCAAAAGAAUGGUGGGCGGAAUUGCCCAAGAAAUAAAUGCAAGGUAGUCAAUUAUUUGUACUAAUUUAAAUCAUUUCUAUACAUACCAUUUUAUAUAAAUGGAUAUCAUAAUUUAAAUUAAAAAUAGUUUUAUAAUUUCAAUAAUUUUUUGUUAUUAUUAUUCUUAUUGGUCCAGUUUAAUAGUGUAACCAUUUUUUUUUUUGCAAGAGUUACCACUUUUGCAAUGUGGAAGGGGGGAGAAGAACCGUGUUAACAUUACUUGCCCAAUAGUAUAACUUGGAGUUAUAAACAGCAAUAGGUUUCAAUUUAAAACUUACAAAAACACAAUUUUAUUAUGUUAUACAUUACUACUUUAACAAUAUUUUGUGGUUAUGUGUAGAUCGGAAGUGCUGAGAAUCGAACGUGAACUGGAGGAGGCUCGACAAAGAUUGGUGGUCAUUAGACAGGCUAAGUAUAAGGCUAAAGAAGAUGGCACAAGUCCCACUGAACUCCUGGACAAUGAUUCUUCAUUUGAACAUCAAUUUAUUAGUAGCAGGUAAAAAACCCACAAUUAUACUUACAUACCACCUAUACUCAAUGCUGUAAUUUUUUUUAUAGAAGAGCUGCUGACCAUUAUAAUAACAGUAGCAGUAGUCUUGAUGUGAAUGGAGAUAACAUUCAAACUAAUGCUUACAGUGUAUACAAGCUUCUCAAUAACUCAAAUGACCAAACUAGUCUAAAUUCAUUUAAUGAAACGUUCCACUCAGGCACCAAUAAAUUGUAUUCUUACAAUAACACAACAGGUAUAAUAUAUUUACACUAAGUCUGUAGUUACCAUAGUUUGUAGUCUAUGAAAACAGAAAUUAUACAAAAUUUAUAUUUAUGUAUAAACUAUUAUUAGUAAUACCCAAUAUCACUCUUGAUAUUUGUGUUUUUGUAGGGUCAAUGGGAUCAAACCACAGAAAUGUGUAUAGCAAAAACUCAAUGCCCACUAUAAACAACACUGUUAAGUAUAAUUGCUCAUCAACAAUCAGUAGCAAUGGGACAACGACUACCAAAUCAUACACAGUCAAUGAAUAAGAGUGUUUUAUUCUUUUAUUACUAUCUAUAACAGAGAUUACACAUUUUCCCUAAAAUACUGCUAUUAUCUGUUUUCUAACAAACAAACCAGUUGGCACUUAUUACUAUAUACACUUAAAUUAAUUUAUUGUUCAUAGUUAGAAUCACAUGGAUUACUCCUCCAAUUAACUUUUGAAGAUAUGUUUCAUUAUAUUACCUGGGUGGUGAAAAUCAUACAUAAGAAACAUUAGCUUAAAAAUAUCAAACAUUUGAAUCUAUACUCAGUUUUCUCGCUAAAUCAAAAGUAUUGUAUCACACUUAUACGUGUACUGCUGAAGUGGGUUCAUUUUAUUCACAAACAUUUACUCUCUCUUUUUCUUGUUAGUUCCUAACAAAAGUAUACACACAAGCUGUUUUCAUUUGAAACUAACACUGUAACUUUUUUACAUAUAAUUAUAUUUUGUUUAUAAUACAGUUAGAAAAAAAAAUUAUUUUCAUUUUUCAAAAAUUCUAGUCAAUUAACCUAUUUGAAAUAUUGUAGCUUUUAUUAUUGCCAUUCUUUUGGAUAUACAUUAUUGAAUAAUAAGUAAAAACUCAAACAUAUUUGUAACACCAAACAUGUUUAAGUAAACAACGACUAACACAAUUUAUAAUUGUAAAGUUACUUUUAAACAAUGCUGUAAAAUUAUUUUUAACAUAAUAAUAUUUUUAGUAUGGGCUAAAGCAUUAGUAUUACAUAUUUUUUUUUUAUAUAUAUUAAUACUUUAAUUAAUUUCUUUAUUUUCAAUAACCGAUUAGAAUUAUUAAGCUGUAAUUAUUAGCUGUAAAUAUUACUGGAUGGGUAUUUUUAACAAUUUAUAUCAAAAACAUCGAAUUUUAUUAACACUCUGUAAACUAAAUGAUGAAAUUAUAUUAUAUAAAAAAUAUACAUAUAUUAUAUACCUAUACAUAUAUAUAUAUAUAUAUAUUUUUUUUUUAAGAUAGUUUUAUUAAUACUAAGGGAUAUAUUAAAUAGUUUUGAGUAUAUUAACUAAUUGUUUAUACAAUAAAAGAAGUUACAGUGUGAUUACAUUUUAUUUCUGUAAAAAGAGUUUUAAAAAUAUUUCAAUGAAUAAUUAAUUUUUUUAUUAACAAUAAACAUUAUGUUGAAUUAAAUAUUUUUUUCAUAAUUUGGUCACAGUUGAAUACUCGAUAAUAGAACAAAAUCACUAGUUCUUUAUUUGAUUGAAACAGUUCACUAUUUUUCUUUUAAUUAUUAUUCCGAGUGACAUUAACAAAUUAAGUGCACUUACAUGCCUAUUUAUUUAUUAUUGUAUUACACAAUAAUCUGUUAUUAUUUUAAUCUAUAGUUAUGAAGAAACUUCCUUAAAAUAUUUUUUUUACUUACCCAUUACUGUUAAAAUAUUAUUAUACUACUUUAUUUUAAAUGUAUGUAUUUAUCUAGUUUCACUAAAUUUGUUAAAUUAUUUGUUUCGUAUCAAAUAUUAUGAAUUAUAUAUUUAUUUUUGUAUUUUAUUUACAAGUUUUUUUUUAUCACGAGUACCUGUUUUUGUGCCUAAUAUGAAAUAGUAUUAGUACUAUAUUAAUACAGUAUAAAAUGUUGCCAUUGUAAAUGUUCCGAUAUGUUAAUAUUGUGCCGUAAAGAUUAAAAAUUAAAUAUACUGUUAGUUAUUACAUUUUUAUUUUUACUGCCAUAUGUUUAUAUUAUAUACAUUUUUUUUUCUUUGGUUAACUCUUAUAUAGUAUUCAUUUGACUAAUUAAAAUUUUGGAAUACCGAUUACAGUAAUUGUUAUUUUAAAUUAUAUAAAAAUAAAAAAAAUUAUUUAUUAUUAAUAAUAAUAUUGAAUUAAUACAAUUAUUUUCCAUUGUGAUUUUAACAUUGUUAUUAAUUAUAUAUCAUAACAUAAUAUUACACAUAUAAAUAUUAUAUAUUAUUUAAACAUAUAUAUAUUUUUAUACUCAACACAAAGACAUUUGUCCAAUGUACUAUUUGAACUGCAUUGAAAAUGUGAAUGUUUGCAAAUUGAUUAAAUGCACAAUGCAAUAACAUUAGCUUAUUUGCAAGAAUAGUGACAUAAGUAGACUUUAAGUUAAGCCUAACUCAAUUUCAAUGCUCCCUAACACAUAACUCAGUAAAAUAUACCUUAGGACAAUUAUUUAAUUCUGCAAUAUAAAAGUACACACUUAAAUAUUAUACAUAAUUAGUUUACCAGUUCAGUUUACAAAUUAAUGUAUAGAUUUAUUGAGUUUCCUCUCAAUAUUAUAAUAUUGGUACCAAUAAUUAUUUAACAGUAUAUCAUAAUUUUAAUAAUGAAUGUUAAUUAUGUAUUACAAUAAAAAAAAAUAUAUAAAAAUUGAUAACAAAUUUGUUUUGUUUGUCUCUAUAUUAUUAUAUUAUGCACCAAAAAUUAUAGAACUUCAGAGAAGUUAAAUUGGUAUAAUUAUUAUACUUAAUAUUAUUUAUAAUGAAAUAUUCAAGGAGUGUCGCGAUCUAAGAAAAAUAAUUACCAAUGUUGGAAAAGGUACACAGCCAGUACAGCUGCCACAGGGAUAGCUGCUAAUGGCCUAGCUAGUUCUGUGGCUGCAUUACAGUUAUCCUCCUCACAGAAGCACAUGUGUCCCGUGCCUGUUCCCUCCAUCAUGCAAACAUGGUCCACCAUAAACAAGUUGAUCUGCAACUGGGACGUGCAUGUCCUUUUGAUACUUUCAUAUG